AUGGGUUCGCUCAUCAUGCAUUUGGCGGUCCAUUUGGGUGUGCUGGACCUUGAUAAGGACCACAAGCUCACCUUGGCUCGCGAGCUUGAGCCUUUGGACCUGUACAGUUUGGAGCGAAUGAAUUCCAUUCAUGAGUUGGGCGACCGAGUUGAGCGUUUGGAUGAUUGCCUCGCAGCCUUGCAGGACAUGUUUGCAGCUGGAACUGAUACCACUCAUACAGUCAUGGAAUGGGUGAUGUUAGAGCUUCUAAGAGACCCCAAGGUCAUGGAGAAAUUGCAAAAUGAGGUCAGAGCUAUAGGCCAAGGAAAAUCAGAGAUAACUGAGGAUGAUUUUGACAAAAUGCAGUGUUUAAAGCUAGUAAUUAAGGAAACUCUGCGGCUUCAUUUCCCAGUUCCAUUUCUAGUUCCUCGAGAAUCAACUCGAGACAUCAACGUAAUGGGGUAUGACAUACCAAUUCGAACACGACUAAUCGUUAACGCAUGGGCGGCAAUUGGAAGAGACCCUUUGCUUUGGGAGAAGCCCGAGGAAUUUCAGCCAGAGAGAUUUCUGAAUGUUGGUCUAGAUUUUCAAACAAAAUUACGGCGCAAAUUUGCCUUUGCCUUGCUUGAUGGAGGAAAACUAGAGGACAUGGACAUGACUGAAGCUGGUGGCAUCGAUGUGCAUAGAAAACUUCCUAUACUUGUUGUUGCCACUCCAUAUUCUCCUUAG